CAUGGCGGUGGUGCCCGUGGAGCGGCUGGAGGGGGUGACGCGGGAGCGGUUCCUGAGGGACAUCUACCCGCGGGUACGGGGCUCUGCGUUCGGCUGCGAGCAGAGCAGAGCAGAGCAGCUGUGAUCCUGCGUGGGCACGGGGGAGGCCCAGCCGCGAGUCUGGGGUCAGGAUUUGGAGCGAGUUGAGAGAAGGGAACGGAGCUGAGAAAGCCAGUAGUGCUGAAAGGAAUGGAACUGGGCACUUGCACAACCAAGUGGACAGUAGAUUACUUGAGCCAAGCUGAAGGAUCUAAAGAAGUCAAAAUUCAUGUCUCUGCAGUGCCACAGAUGGAUUUCCUCAGUAAGAACUUUGUGUAUAGAACUCUGCCUUUUGACGCAUUUGUACGAAGAGCAGCUGAAGUCAAACACAAGGAGUACUUUCUUUCGGAGGAUGAAAAGUACUAUCUGCGAUCAGUGGGUGAAGAUGCUAGGAAGGACAUUGCAGAUAUCAGCAAGCAGUUUCCUGUUUUGGCACAAGAUGUUCAGAUUCCAGAGUAUUUCGAGAAGGAGCAAUUUUUCUCUAGCGUCUUCCGCAUCAGCUCAGCUGGAUUACAGUUAUGGACACAUUACGAUGUGAUGGAUAACUUCUUGAUCCAAGUAACAGGGAAAAAACGAGUUGUUUUGUAUAGUCCUCGAGAUGCGCCGUAUUUGUAUUUAUCAGGUACCAAGUCAGAGGUGCUGGAUGUGGAUAACCCGGACUUAGAGAAAUAUCCCCUGUUUGUAAAAGCCAAGCGCUAUCAGUGUUUUUUGGAAGCGGGAGAUAUCUUAUUUAUUCCGGCGCUGUGGUUCCACAACGUAAUUUCUGAGGAAUUUGGAGUGGCGCUGAAUGUCUUUUGGAAGCACCUUCCUGCCGAGUCCUAUGAUAAGACUGACACUUAUGGCAAUAAAGAUCCCACAGCAGCUUCUAGAGCUCUGCAGAUCUUGGACAGGGCCUUGAAAACACUGGAAGAGCUCCCCGAGGAAUACAGGGAUUUUUAUGCUCGGAGAAUGGUGUUACGCAUCCAGCAAAAAGCCUAUAGGGAUGAUUAUGGAUAAAACAACACAUUGUAAUUCAGCAAGCUCCUGGGAAAGUACAAAAUCAUAUGUUAAUACAGAAGCUGCGUGUAUGUACAUACACUUUCUGUAAAGUUAAUAAAAAUUAUGCGGAUAGGCUUUGUUAUA